AUGGGUGAUUGUAUACCUCAGUAUUUACCUGCAAUUGUAUUGGACAUCAUAUUCUUAAACUUGGAACCGCAUGAUUUACUUAGCUGUAUGUUAGUCUGUCAAAAUUGGUACCAAGUACUUAAUAAUGACAAAGCAGUACCAUGGAGAAUGCUGUGUCAGCGUAAAAUAUCUCAAUAUAUUUUGAAAUCAAAACUUUUGUCAAACCUCAAUAGUCCUAAAGCCAUAAUACGUGCUUUAUACCAUGCAUGGAAUCCAUUAGAUUGUUCUAAUCAUGUUGUGAUUGAGCAAGAUGGAUUUACAUUACAUCGAAAUCUUAUACCACAUAGUCCUUAUAUGGCAAGAACAAAAAUUGGCUAUAUGACUGGUAAACAUGUAUGGGAAAUAACAUGGAUUAAAGCACCACGUAAUAUUCUCUAAUUUAAGUUUAACUUAAAAUAAUUUACUAUUAAUAUUCCUACACUUUGUUUAUUUAGGUACCAUAGCAAUGAUUGGCCUGUCAACAAAAGAUACAAUAAUGCAGAGUGGUUUUGUGUCUUUGUUGGGAAUUGACAAGUUUAGUUGGGGUUGGAAUAUAACUAACAACAUUUUGGUGCAUAAUGGAAUAGAACAAAGCAGUUAUCCAUUAAAAUACAAUGUUCCAAAGUAUCAGAGUGGUGAAAAAAUAAAACUAAUACUAGACUGUGAAAAUGGUGUUUUACACUUUGAAAAAAGUAAUGAAUAUUUAGGUAUUGCUUUUAAAAAUUUACCUAAACUUAAAUUAUAUCCUACUGUGGGAGCUAUUUUUGGUAAUGCAAAAGCAUCAAUUGUGUAUAUUGGCGAACCUUAA